AUGGAGAAGAAGGAACUCAUCGAGAUUCGAGAACAAAAGAAAAAGGAAAACAGGAAAGGUGAAGUUUUGUUCUCCAUAAAUUCUUCAAAAACAUCUGCUGAUCAAGAAUCUAGAUUUAGUAACAUUGAUGGUACUUCUCAAAAUACAAGUGCUUCCCAUGCUCAGAAGUUUACAGUUCCUCCUAUUUUCCAGGCUUCCACUUCAAAUCAAGAAUCGACUAAUAUUGUUCAUUCUAAAGUACGAGGAUUUUCUAACCUAUUGAACAUAUCAACUAAUGCAUAUGUAUUACCGACAUGGAACCACUGCGAACAUUGUGGUGCACGAAAAUUUUAUAGAGAAACUAAAUGGUUUUGUUGUUCUGAUGGAAAAGUUAAAGUUUAUGUGCCUGAUUCACCGACUGAAUUGUAUGAUUUAUUUACUUCCAAAGAACCUGAAUGCAUGGAAUUUAAGAAAAUUGCACGUGGAUAUAAUAACCAUUUUGCUUUCACUUCGUUUGGUGUAAAAUGUGAUAAAGAACUUUUUAGAACAUAUAAAGUAAAUCCAUAUAGUAGAUUCUUUAGGUCUUUAAGUAAUAUGACUAAUGUGCAUGACCAUCCAAUACAAAUAAGAUGCGAUCCUGGACUUGAUCAAAGAGUUGUCAAUACUUCUUCGGCAUCUCAAGUAGCUGUUGUAUGGGUUGAGAAUGAUGACAAUGCAAAUAUUCGUGCUCAUGAUAUUACUAUAUAUGGUCAUUCUAGAGAUUCCCAUAGGGUUCAUUAUUAUUAUGCUUUUCCUAGCGCAAUAAAUUUUGCAACCAAAAUCAUUGAAAAAGAGGCCGAAGUGCUCAAUGGAAUGAAGAAACGAUCUCAGGUUUCUUGUCGAGAGUACUAUUCCUACAAGUUACAAAUUAGACCUUCUGAUAUGUACGUUAAGAUUGAAACUACCAGAUUAGACUAUUUUCGUAGCAACCAAAAGAAAAUUUGUGCUGAACUUUAUCAAGGUAUUGUAGAUAGUAUUCAAAAUGGAGAAACAAGAGGGUCAAAAAUUGGUAAGAAGAUUGUUCUACCACAGACUUUCACAUAUGGGCUUAGAGAUAUGCUCAAAAGAUAUUUAGAUGUAAUGACUAUCGUUCAACGCUAUGGAAAACCAGAUAUAUUUCUAACUAUAACUUGUAAUCCAAAUUGGCUUGAAAUUACGGAAGAACUGAAAUACAAUGACGAAGUUCAAAAUCGACCAGAUUUAAUUGCACUGUCAUGUGAAAUUCCAAAUAAGAAUAAAUACUUGCAUCUUCAUUCUGUAAUUGCAAAACACAAUAUGCACGGUCUUUGUGAAAAUCUUAAUCCAAAAAAUGUGUGUAUGUUGGCAAGCAGUGGUUGUAAAAAUAAAUAUCCUAAGAAUUAUUGUAACAGUAAUAUAUUUGGUGAUAACUCAUAUCCGUUGUAUAGACGUCGUAAUAAUGGUAUUUCUAUUAAAGUGAGAGGUCAAAUGUUAGAUAAUCGAUGGGUUGUACCCUAUGAUCCUUAUUUAAGUGCAAAAUUUGACUGUCAUACUAACGUUGAAGUAUGUUCUUCUAUUAAAGCAGUAAAGUAUUUGUGCAAAUAUGUGUAUAAAGGAUAUGAUCAAAUUUAUCGUACUGUUUAUACUUUACAACUUCAUAUUAAAGAUCAUCAACACGUAACUUACAAUAAUAAAGAUGAUUUAUCUAUUAUUAUUGGGAAUGAGUAUACGAGAAGAACAAUGUUAACAGAAUUUUUUCGGAUGAAUGAAGCAAAUAAAUUUGCUCGAACAUUGUUGUAUCGAGAUUUCCCAACACAUUUUGUGUGGAAUGCAAAUGAGAAAGUUUGGACUCCUAGAAAACAACACAUUGUUAUAAGACGAAUUGUGACAGUUAAUCCACCUAAAGGAGAACGAUAUUUCCUUCGUGUUCUUCUGAAUCAUAUUAGAGGUCCAACAUCAUUUGACAGUUUUAAAAUUUUAAAUGGCGUAACUAUUAAUACAUAUCGAGAAGCAGCACUUUUACAUGGUUUGUUAAAAGGGGAUAAUCGUUGUGAAGAAUGUCUAUCCGAAGCUAUUAUUUACAAAAUACCUAAUUCUCUAAGACGCCUUUUUGCAACACUUUUUACACUUUGCAGCCCUAAUCAUCCAAAGCUAUUGUGGGAUAAAUAUAAAGCCUAUAUGAUUGAUGAUUAUGUACAUCGAAACAUAUAUGUUGAAGAUGCUGAAAUACAAGUUUUGGAAGACAUCAAUUCUAUAUUAGAAUCAUUAGCUAAAAACGUAAAUGAUUACGGAAUAGUUUCAUUCUUCGUAAAUAUAGAUGAGACUCAAAGAUUGACAAGAAUGGUUGCAGAGAAAACAAUCAAUUUCAAUAUUGAACGAGCCUUCAAUUAUGUAGAGCAAUUAAAUAAAGAUCAACGAUUUGCAUAUGAUAUAGUUAUGGAAAAAAUAAAAAAUGAAUCAAGUGGUACUUUCUUUAUUAAUGGUCCAGGGGGAAUAGGGAAGACUUUUUUAUACAAAGCUCUUCUAAUUAGUGUAAGAAGUCAAAAUUUCAUUGCUUUGGCAACAGUGUCCUCUGGAGUUGCUGCAUCUUUGUUGCCUGGAGGCCGCACAGCUCAUUCAAGAUUUAAAAUUCCUUUGGAAACAAUUGGUGAAGUGAAUUGCUCUGUUAGCAAGCAAUCAACUUUAGGAAUGUUGUUGAAAAUGUCUAGGUUAAUAAUUUAG